AAUCACAGACACCAAAACUAAUCUGAUCUGAGGAUAGAAACGAUAGAUAGGCUCGUAAUAUAAACUCCUGUCCGCACCAUGUCAUCAGCAAUCCCACGCGCUGAUUGGCGGAGCCCUGAGGUGUGUCGGGGGGGUGUGUCCUUACGUCAGUGCGUCAUGACGCCGUUUCCGGAGCUGCAGCUGCAGUUUGACAGCGGCGGAGGUGCGUCGAGUGUCGGCGGAGGUUAUUAUGCGUUUGUGGAAAUGUUAUAAAUGAUAUUUGUCUGCAGUGAGCGGCGGACGGCACCGCUACCGGAUCCUGGACGCCCCGAGACGCGAUGUUUGACCAGCAGCGGCCGGUAAACCUAAAGGCUGAUGUGUGACUGGCGCCCGGCCCCUGUCCGCCAGCAUGGUAGACAUGGAGAAUCGCUACCGUCCUCCGUCUCCGCUGGACGACUCUGUGCUGGACAGUGCGCUGUUCGUCAGGGGAAUGGAGGAGCUGCGGGACAUCUCUCAGUCCAUGGAUGAAGACGCUCUCAGCAGCUUCGAGAUGACCGAGAACCAGUCCGGUCUGGGCUCUGGAUCCGAGAGCUCCACCGUGCUGGAUGCUCUGACCCCUGCGUCCAGCCCGUCGUCAGGUGUGUACGGUUGCCCGGUGGGUCAGGACGAGUUCACCUCCACCUCUCUGAAUCUGGAGUGUCGUGUGUGUUCGGAUCGGGCAUCAGGAUACCACUAUGGCGUUCAUGCAUGUGAGGGCUGCAAGGGUUUCUUCCGUCGGACCAUUCGGCUCAAACUGGAGUACGAUAAGUGUGAACGCCGCUGUAAGAUCCAAAAGAAGAACCGAAACAAGUGCCAAUACUGUCGAUUUCAGAAGUGCCUGUCCGUGGGCAUGUCCCACAAUGCCAUCCGUUUUGGGCGAAUGCCACAGUCGGAGAAGCUAAGGUUGAAGGCAGAGAUCCUGACAGGAGAACGAGAUGUCAAAGAUGAUCAGAAAACCCUGGCCAAGCAGAUCUAUGAGGCCUACGUCAAGAACUUCAACAUGAACAAAUCCAAAGCACGAACCAUCCUGACGGGAAAGACAAGCACGCCGCCCUUUGUGAUCCAUGACAUGGAGACUCUUCAGCUGGCAGAACAGACGUUUGUGGCCAAGAUGAUGGGCUCUUGCGGAGGUCUGCUGAACAAAGACCCUGAGGUGCGCAUAUUCCACUGCUGCCAGUGCACUUCAGUCGAGACCGUCACCGAACUGACCGAAUUCGCCAAAUCUGUGCCCGGAUUCUCAAACCUCGACUUAAACGAUCAGGUAACGUUACUGAAGUACGGUGUCCAUGAGGCUCUGUUCGCCAUGCUGGCCUCCUGCAUGAACAAAGACGGUCUUCUGGUGGCGUACGGCAGUGGCUUCAUCACCAGAGAGUUUCUGAAGAGUUUGCGGCGGCCCUUCAGCGACAUGAUGGAGCCCAAGUUUCAGUUCGCCAUGAAGUUCAACUCUCUAGAGCUGGACGAUAGUGACCUCGCACUGUUUGUCGCUGCCAUCAUCUGCUGUGGAGAUCGUCCCGGUCUGGUGAACGUCCCGCAUAUCGAGCGAAUGCAGGAGAGCAUUGUUAACGUUCUCCAUCUGCACCUGAAGAGCAACCACCCGGAUCACGGCUUUCUGUUCCCCAAACUCCUGCAGAAGCUGGUGGACCUGCGUCAGCUGGUGACCGAACAUGCACAACUCAUACAGGAGAUCAAGAAAACGGAGGACACGUCGCUGCAUCCGCUGCUGCAGGAGAUCUACAGAGACAUGUACUGA